AUGUUACCGCGAAAGAGGAGGUCUGCUUUUAGCGUGUACCGCGCGAGCUCUGGUACAGAGGACGAGCCUGAAGUAAACGCCAGAGAGAGAUCAAAGAACACGCCAAGUGAACCAAAAACCCCGUGGCAGAGAUCAAAAGACAGCCCCGUCCACGCCACCAAAAUGACGAGGAUAACAUCCAAGGCACAGCUCGACGAGGUAUCUAGACGGGAAAGUGGUUCACGAAGGGAAUCAUUUUCUGGGCUUAGUACUGAUGAUAGUACAACAAGCAAAUCGCAUGGUUCAAAGAUAUUGACCAAAGCAAACAAGCUACGACGUAGUCUACAUUUAUCUGGGAAAAAGAAAAAGCGACCUAGAGCAGAUAGUGUAGAAAAUGGGUUGGAAUUUAAGGGAAGCGAGGAAAAUAUCCCUGUUAAAAGAAAGCGUGAGAUCCCUCCGUCUGGGAAACCUCGUUUGUCCUCGACUGCUAGCACAGCUACUCCUCGUACACAUCUACCCAGAAGAGCACACAGCAAGAGCACAAGCAAUGCUCCUAUGACGGAACCACGUGCCUCCAAGAAACCAAUCAGUGUCCCAGGAAGCGAAACCAGACCUGGAAGUAUCAAAACCAGUCAAACCAGUUUGCAAUUAGAGACGCAAUGUAAUGGCAGCAAAAGACAAGCCAGUUUGCAAUCAGAAACCAAAGCUAGUGGCAACAAAACAAGUCAAACUAGUUUGCAGUCUGUAGCUUCUGCAGGGUCAGCGCCUGAUUUGUCUAGACGGGCUGAUGGACAGAAAUUGAGUCGACCAGUCAGCACAUACAGUUGUACCAGCCUUGGGGAUAAUAAGCUGCCUGAGGGAACCAUACAACAAGAGACAGAAGCGGAGGGGCUCCUCAAAUGGUUAUUGAGUCCUGUUAAGCCACAGAAGUUUUUCAGUGAGCUGUGGGAAAGGAAACCUUUGCUGAUUAAACGCCAUCAACCGACUUACAACAGUGGCUGGUUUAGCACCAAGGAUCUUGAUGAGAUCCUCAGACACCGCAAUGUGCAGUUUUCGCGUAAUCUUGAUGUCACAUCGUACAAAGAUGGUAAAAGAGAGACUCACAACCCUCAAGGGAGAGCGCAUGCACCUGUCGUCUGGGACUUUUACAACAAUGGAUGCUCUGUGCGGCUGCUGAAUCCACAGUCUUUCAGCCAUCCGGUCUGGAAGCUAACCUCCCUGCUCCAAGAGUACUUUGGUUGUUUUGUAGGAGCCAACACUUACCUUACGCCUCCUGGCACACAAGGCUUUGCCCCUCACUACGAUGACAUAGAGGCAUUCAUCAUCCAGUUGGAGGGGAAGAAACACUGGAGACUCUACAACCCCAGAAAUGGAGAAGAGACACUCCCAAGAUAUUCAAGUAAGAACUUUUCUCAAGAUGAGAUUGGUGAGACUGUACUUGAUACAGUCCUUGAGCCCGGAGACAUGUUGUACUUUCCCAGAGGCACCAUACACCAGGGAGACACUCCAAGUGACAGUCACUCCCUACACAUGACCCUCUCCACAUACCAGAAAAACACCUGGGGAGACUUUCUGGAAAUGCUUGUUCCUCAAGCCUUGCAAGUUGCAUUUGAAGAAGACCCUGAGUUUAGACAAGGACUGCCCUUGAACUAUCUUAACUAUUCUGGAGUUGCCAACUCUGACACAGUUACCAAGGAGAGGUCUGACUUCCUGCGCAGGGUAGAAAAGUUGAUGACCAAGUUGAUCUCACAUGCUCCUGUCGAUGCAGCUGCUGAUCAGAUGGCAGUCAGGAUGCUUCAGGAUGCCCUCCCCCCAGUGCUUACUGAAGCUGAGAGAAGCCAUAGUGUAUAUGGCAGUGGGGCAUCUUGGGAAGAUGGCAAAAUUGUUAAUACGAUGACCAUUACAGGGGACACUGAUGUUAAACUUAUACGUAGGGGUGUGGCCCGACUUGUGAGUGAAGCAGACUGUGUUUGCAUUUAUCACACCAUGGAGAACUCCAGGGUCUACCAUGAAGUGCAACCAGAGAGGGUGGAAUUUGAAACAGAGGCUGGGCCGUCUAUUGAAUGUAUUCUGAAUGCAUUCCCUAACUUUGUGAAAGUAAAAGACCUUCCUCACGACAACUUGGAAUUCAAGGUUGACAUGGUAACCAUGCUCUAUGAAAAGGGUGUUCUGGUGACAAAGGAGUGACAUUCUAAAAUAAAUAUGACAAACAAGUUGUAUGGUUUACAAAGUGCAUUUGUCAAGGCAAACUGAACUGAGAUCAGGAAAAAAGAACAAUUUGGGUAUACUUUUCGAGUUGUUGCAUUUUUAAUGUGAAGGUGUGAUACUGACCUAUGUGUUGGGGUUUCACAAGUGCUAUGUAUGAAGCACUUGAUCAAAUUUGUGAGGCACAUCAAUAAGCCAGUCUCACAAUCAUGCACAGAAUACAGCUUUUUGCAAUAAUUCUCAAUCUCAAAGUUUAUGAUAGUUGAAGUGUACAUACAAAGUUCUCUGUAAAGUAUAGAUUAGUUUUGCCUCGUCCCUAAUGUUCCAUUUUGUCUACUUAAAAAUUGUGAUAUGAGUGUAUUUUAACAACCUUUUAAUUAUUUAAUAAAAACAACAUUAUGUAUGUAGAUAGUUAAAAUAAUAUAUAGGAAAUGGAUUGUAGAUUGAUUUGUUAAUUACACUCAAUUCUUUACACUAACGUCUUAGGUCUGACAAUAUAGGAAAGCUCUAAUCAAUAAAGCCCAACAUUAGCAACAUAACAACAUUUCAGUGUGUACAACUUUUUGCUCAUUUUGAAAUUUGAUUCUUUUUAAAUAGCUCAAAGCUGCAACGCAGUAACAACAACAUAAUGGCAAAUAUUAAGUUUUUAUUUUUUGCUGAUAUUGUUCUUUGGCAUACUCCUUUAUAUACUCUGUUGUAUUGUUAUGUCGCUAGGGUGUAAGGCAGAAUUUCCACAUGCCUUUGAAAAUCUAAGAUUUAAUUUAAGAAUUUGGAUGUGUCAUCUCUGAUAUAACGACACCAUUGAAGGCUGUAUGCAACUGUUCAGUUCAAAAUCAUGCAUGUUUCUUCAUUGAUACUAUAAAUAAAAGAGUGUAGAACUACA